UCUUCCAACAAUAUUCUUCAAUGGAACCAACAUGCUUGGAUACUUCACUCAAUCUCAACGUUGAUCCUUCUUCUGUUCACACGGAUAUGGUGUUGGAGGAAGAGUUGCAGAGGCUGAGACGUGAGAACAAGAGGUUGACUGAGAUGUUGACCCACUUGUGUGACGGCUACAUGGUUUUGCAGAAGCAAUUGACCCAAUUGAAGAACACAAAUUUUGAGCAAGACCAACUCGAAUCACGCAAGAGAAAAGCAGUUAACAAUAACAAUGGCGAGUGCAGCUCCAUAACAGAGGAUUCCUUCAAAAGGUACAGCUACAAGGAUUUCAGCUCCUCCCCAAAGGUUUCCAAGGUUCUUGUAAAGACACAAGCUUCUAAUAACAGUUUAUAUGUGAUGGAUGGAUAUCAAUGGAGGAAAUACGGUCAAAAGGUGACCAGGGAUAACCCUUCUCCUAGAGCUUACUUCAAGUGUUCCUUUGCUCCAAGCUGCCCCGUUAAAAAAAAGGUGCAAAGGAGUUUAGAAGACCCUACAAUACUUGUUACAACAUAUGAAGGAGAGCAUAAUCAUGGUAAUGAAAGAGGUGAAAUUGAAGGAGGAAAAGGGUCAAGUCCAGUUUCUUCACCAAAAGCCAGAAUUGGAAGUGUAACGCUUGAUUUGGUCAAAUCAGGAUUGUUUGAAACUGCCCAAAAGUCAUCUAUCCAACAAUUUUUGGUUCAACAAAUGGCUACUUCUUUGACAAGGGAUCCCAAUUUCACCACAGCACUUGCCACUGCCAUUUCAGGAAAAAUUCUAGAAGCCAAAUGGUGAAUUAUUAAUUUUAAAAAUAAUCUUUUUUAAUUCAAACAACAUCAAAAAAGGUUAUUUUCUUAGCACAUGUUGCUCUUAGCAGGGAGUAUGUUAGAUUGUUUGCUUCUUCUCAGAGGCUGCAGAGUCAUAGUAGGAUUGUAUAUAGAAAAGUAAAGUCAGAAAAAAAAAUGGUUGAAAUUUCAUUGGUAUUUGCAUUUCCUUUCCAAUAAAGUUAUGAACCUUUUCUUUUUCUGCCCAGCCAAAUUAAUUUCACUUAAAUCUCAGUACAAGUAACACGAUAACAUAUCGUGUGUAUUUGAGGACGGUAGGAAUUUUGACAUCUGGUUACACAAAUGGAUACUGUU